AUGCCGGGCUGCCGCAUCAGCGCUUGCGGCCCCGGGGCCCAGGAAGCGACGGCAGAACCGGGGUCCCCGCCGCCGCUGCCCCGGGAGCCCCUGCCAUCCCCUCAGCCCCCUCCCCCAACCCCGACCUUGACCCCGACCCCGACCCAGGUUCAGGCCCCGCAGCUGUCGGAGACGGCCCGGGAGUCAGCCGGUGUGGCCGAAGGGCAGGAGCUGCAGCGCUGGCGCCAGAGCGCUAGCGGGGGCGCGGGGGUCACGGGGCCCGGUGGGGGCGCGGGCUGCGGCUCGGGAGCGGCGGCUGGAGCUGGAGGCCGCGCGCUGGAGCUGGCCGAAGCGCGGCGGCGCCUGCUGGAGGUGGAGGGCCGCCGGCGCCUGGUGUCGGAGCUGGAGAGCCGCGUGUUGCAGCUGCACCGAGUUUUCCUGGCGGCUGAGCUGCGCCUGGCUCAUCGCGCUGAGAGCCUGGGCCGCCUGAGCGGCGGCGUGGCGCAGGCCGAGCUCUACCUGGCGGCGCACGGGUCGCGCCUCAAGAAGGGCCAGCGCCGUGGCCGCCGCGGCCGCCCACCCGCGCUGCUGGCUUCAGCUCUCGGCCUGGGUAGCUGCGUGCCCUGGGGUGGGGGGCGCCUGCGGCGAGGCCACGGUCCCGAGCCCGAUUCGCCCUUCCGCCGCAGCCCGCCCCGCGGCCCCGCCUCCCCCCAGCGCUGACCUCAACGCCCGGACCCCUGGCCACCCCGGACAGGCCAUCGCCGAGGUGCGGACCACAGAUUGCGAAUGCCGGCCGGAUGGACGGCGUCACCUACGCGGAUGGACAGACUGACCUGCAGGAAGAGACAGUCGGGGGUGCCAGGGGCCCAGUAAAGGAGGCUGAGGUGCGGUCUUAA